UUCUUCUCUCCCUUUGGCCCGUCGUGCAGAUCCAGAUCCAGGAACUUCAUCAUGGCGGAGAGUCUCCUCCCACCUCGAUCGCCGACGGAUCUUUUCGGCGAUCCCAUCGACGCCAAGCCGCCCUGGUUCAACUCGUCGGCCUUCCUCGGUGAAGACUUCGAUCCCGAUUCCUACGUCGCUGACCUCCGCACCUUCGUACCCCUCGAGAGCCUCGCGGCUGAGCUCCGCUCCUACCUCGCUGACCUAAAGGCCGAGCUCAUCGAUCUCAUAAACCGAGAUUAUGCUGAUUUUAUUGGUCUCAGCACCCGCCUAGUCGAUGUUGACUCUGCUGCCGCACGCAUGCGCGCCCCGCUUGUCGAGUUCCGCGACAAGGUUGCUACUUUCCGCGCCGUCAUUGACGCCGCUCUCACCUCGAUCCGCAGUGGUCUGCGCCAGCGAGCUGAGGCUUCGGCUGCCAGGGAGAUUCUGGAGCUACUGCUCGAUACCUUCCAUGUAGUCUCCAAGGUUGAGAAACUUAUCAAGGAAUUACCAAGCUCUCAUUUUGGUCCAUCAAACACAGAGAUUGUCCCUGCUGAGAAAGUUUCUUCAGCCAAUGCUAAUGGCGCGCUAAAUACAGAAGUCGGGCCAAAUCAUAGAGAAGAUCAAAGCAUUCUUUUGGAAAGAAUUGCAAGUGAAAUGAACCGGCUUAAAUUUUAUAUUAGCCAUGCGCAGGAUCUCCCCUUCAUUGAGAACAUGGAGAAGAGGAUACAGAAUGUUACUUUGAUGUUGGAUGGUAGCUUAGGCAAUUGUUUUGUGGAUGGACUAAAACAUCAAGAUGCAAAGUCAAUCUAUAAUUGCUUGCGCGCUUAUGCUGCUAUUGACAACACUUCAGCCGCUGAAGAACUUUUCAGGACAGUCAUUGUGUCACCUAUGAUUCAGAAAAUUAUUCCCCAUGACAACUUGCAGGUGGUUAGUGGUGCUUCCUUAGAUGAACUUGAGGAUGAUUAUCAGCAAAUAAUGCAAGGUGUCAAGAAGGAUUGCAAAUUUUUACUUGAUAUAUCUUCAACAGCAAAUUCUGGCUUCCAUGUUUUUAGUUUCUUAGCCAAUUCAAUCCUUAGAGAGGUUCUUAUUGCAAUUCAAAAAGGGAAACCUGGGGCAUUUUCUCCCGGAAGGCCUGCAGGGUUCUUGAAGAAUUAUAAAUCAAGUCUUGGUUUCCUUGCAUUUCUUGAAGGCUAUUGCCCAUCUAAAUCUGCUGUUGUUAAGUUUCGAUUAGAAGUUGUGUAUCUGGACUUCAUACGACAGUGGAAUGUUGGGGUGUAUUUCUCGUUGAGGUUUCAAGAAAUUGCUGGUGCACUGGAUUCUGCUCUUAUGGCAUCUAAAGUUAAUCCUGUUGACAUUCAUGGGAACCAUCAUAAGUUGACAUUGAAGCAAAGUAUUACAUUAAUGGAAAGCUUGAAAUCUUGCUGGAGUGAUGAUGUUCUUAUUAUUGCUCACUCCGACAAAUUUCUUCGAUUGUCUUUGCAACUUAUUUCGAGGUACUCAACUUGGCUAUUUCAUGGUUUGUCUGCUCGAAAAUCACGAAAUGCUAGCACAAAUGCAUCCCAGAACUUUGAAUGGGCUAUUUCUGCACAAGUAGAAAUUUUUGUCUAUGUAAUGCAUGAUAUAACUGUACUUGUCGGAGAGAUUUGCGGUGACUACCUUGGACAAGUACUUCAAGCUCUUGGUUCAUGCUCAGGAGAAGUUGUUGAUCUUGUAAGACAAAGUAUAUUGCAAGCUGGAAGAACAUUGGAAGAUCUCUUGCCGUCUGUAUUGGAUACAAUGAUUGAGGCAAUAGUUGAGAAAUCUGUGGAGGACUUAAGGCAGCUGAAAGGAGUCACUGCAACAUAUAGGAUGACUAAUAAACUUCCUGUAAGGCCUUCACCGUAUGUGUCAUUAAUUCUCAGACCACUGAAGGUUUUUUUUGAAGGAGAGCUAAUGAAGUUUUUAACAAAAGAUGCUCAGAAUCAACUUUUGCACGGUGCAACAGAAAAGAUCACUACUCGGUAUUAUGAACUAGCAUCUGAUACAGUUAAUGUGGCAAGGAAAACAGAGUCCUCUUUGUUGAGGUUGCGCCAAGGUGCACAACGGCGAGUUGGAGCAACUUCUGACGCCCAGGAUAAUAAUAUUUCUGACACAGAAAAGAUUUGCAUGCAGCUAUUUCUUGACAUUCAGGAGUAUGGUCGCAACCUUUCUGCUAUGGGAGUCGAAGCAACCGAGAUAUCAGCAUUCCGUUCCUUGUGGCAGUGUGUUGCUCCUGAAGACCGGCAAUCGCAAAUCACAUUUUGAAGAGUUCCAUUCCCGCAAUAAAGGGUCCAUUCGAUUGCAUCAGGAGAUAAAGUAGAAUCUGUGCCUGUAAUAUUAUACACUUCACAACUUUUAAAAGCUAAAUUUACUAUUGCUUAGAAGUUUUGUGAGAUGGCCCGAUUGAACAGAACUUGAGCUGUUGUGAUAUGCUUUUAGAGAGCUCAUGGAAACAUUCUUUUAUUUUCUAAAGAUAGGGAACAAAAACUGUCGACACGAGGCCAUGAAAAAGGAAUUCUCUCUACAAACCGUAUAGUUCGUUGCAUUUUAUAUUAUAUGAAAUAUCAUUUUGAUUCCUUCAUUCAA